UUAUUGUUGAUAAAAUAGAAAAUUGACUAUCUCUUGAAAAAAAAAUACAAAUAUAUAUAAUUAAAAUAAAACAUGUGAAUUGUUCCAACGAGUAAUAUAAAAUAAUAAAACCCUUCACUCAACUUAUUGUAUAAUUACAAGAAUCAUUAAAGUUCCCAACAGUUUCUAAUCCAAAUAACAAAAUGGCUACGGCCACAGCAGCAGCUGCCGCAAAACAAGGUGGAAAAGAAGUCUUAAGAUAUGUUCUUGGAACAUGUAUGCCAUCAAUAAAAGAAAAUGCUGCUAAAAUAAGAAUCAAGAGAUUAGGACUAGACAAAAAUCUUCUUAUGUAUUUUAACGAAUAUGAAUUUGUACACGCCUAUGAUCCGUACAAACUUUGCAAAACUGGUGAUGUCGUUUUAAUACAAAAUUUACCACAGAAAAUGACACGUCUAAUUACCCACAAAGUUAUUGAAGUUAUUUACCCUCUAGGAGAUAUGACGGACCCGAUAACAGGCAAAAAGAUUGUUGCUGGAAAAUAUAGAGAUCAAGUGCAGGAAGAAAUCGAAUUGUACGGUAAAUUAGACAGUAAUUUCGAGUAUAAAAAAGCUCCACCACGAGGUAGCAUGGAAGCUAUUCGUGACUUUUCUCACAAAGAAAGCUAUAUUAAGUAUUAUGAUGAUCCAAAUGAUCCUCAAUAUUAUGCAGUUUAAAUUUAUAAUAAAUAUUAUUAAACAAUAAAUAAAAAUUUAGUAACAGUA